CCGGCGGGCGCGGGGCGCCGCAGCGCCCGUGCCGGGGCGGGCGCGCCCCGGCGCCGCGCGCGCGCUCGCGCCGAGGCACAGAUGUCCGGUGCUCCCGAGGAGGACGCCGGCGGCCAGCACUCCCUGGUGGAGCAGGUGAAGAGCCAGCAGCGGGCGUCGGGAGUCUUCAAAGCCCAGUGGCGCGCCUACUGCGACAAGAACGGCAGGGGGUUCUACGACCCUGCCAGGCAUACGGUGCCGUAUCUGGAGGAGUUCCUUGCGGCACACGCGCGCGGGGACCUGAAGGGCACGGAGGGCCAGCACCUCGCUGCGGGGGGCGCCGCCCGCGGCCGGAGCCGGAGCAGGAGCCGACCCAGCCCGCUGCGCCAGCGCCAGCAGUCCUCCGCCUCGGGCGGCAGCCGCAGCCAAGGCCGGCGCCGGCGGCGGAAGAAGCACCGCCGGGAGGGCGGGCGCCGCAGGCGGCGGCACGGGGGCGGCCACAAGAGCCGGCGGCACGGGCGCCACAAGCGCGGCGCGGCGCACCGCAAGGCCCGGCGCAGGCGCUCGCCCUCCGAGGGGAGCUCCUCGGAGGAGUCCGGCCUGUCGGGGCUGCCCUCCCGGGCCACGGCCAUCAAGGGCGCCCAGGCCGCCGUCGCCAGCGCCAAGAAGGCGGUGGAGGAGGCCAAGGCCGCGACGGCGGAGGAGGUCAAGAAGGCGGUGAAGGCAGCUGAAGAGGACCGCAAGAAGCAGCUGCCGGCGCUCAUCGAGAAAGCGCUGGAGGAGGGCGAGCGGGAGCUGAAGGCCAAGCUCGUCGACGUGGAGGCGAAGCUCGCCGAGGAGAAGAAGGCACGCAUGCAAGAGGCCGAGCAGAAGCUGGACAAGGCCAUCGAGGAGCGCCUCAAGGAGGC